AUACGCAUGCACCCGUUUCCGUAAUCUCCUUCGUCGUUUUCUAGAUCUCUUUGCUUCUCUGCUCUCUUGCUUCUUCUUCUUCUAGGGUUUUUGGUCUCUGUCUCUCUCUCUCUCUAUACGCGCAGGUUAAAUCAUCUCACAAGUAUAGCUUUUGUUACAAUCCCGUCCAAUGUCUGCUUCGAAGUCUCUCAAUGGUUUCUCUUCUCUCACCCGUGGAGCUCAAGUCUCUACCAUGACUGAUUUGAACCCCAAAUCAGAGGCGAAAUCGGAGAGGACUACAUCUCCAUCGGCGGAGACGGUGGCGGUUUCCAACCGAACGGUGGCUUCAAGGUCGAGUCGUCAACCGCGGCUCUCUUUCUCCACCUUAGCUCCGUCGUCCGAGAACGAUUACCCGAGGAGGAAACUGAAAUCCGAUGCCACCGAAGAGACGCCGCCGCAGAGAGAGGAAGUUCCGGUGUCGGUGAAGGCGGGAGAAGAAGCGGAGGAGGAGGAAGAGGAGGGUUUGAAGAGGACUUGGAAUCUCCGGCCGAGGAAGGCUUGCGGCGGUUUGAAGAAUGGAAACGGCGUGUUCCCGGCGGAGACGUGCGGCGGAGGAGUUACGGAGGCGAAGAAUCAGAAAGCAGGCGGAGUAAUGGAGCCGAAAUCGAACAGGCAGAGAGGAAUCCCGGCGGAAUCUCCCGGAUUAGGCGGCGUUGAGGUAGCGAACGAGAAUCACAGGCUCUGGGUCGCUCUUUCUCGAGACGAGAUCGAAGAAGACGUGUUCAGCAUGAGCGGAAGCAGGCCAUCUCGCCGGCCACGAAAGAGGAGCAAGACGUUGCAGAAACAUCUCGAUGUUAUCUUCCCUGGAUUGUGUCUUGUGGGGAUGAAUGCUGAUUGCUUCAGAGUAUCCAAUUCUCCGGCUAAGCGAUGAUCGGCCUAUAUAGGCAAAAGAAUAUUUU